AUGGAAAUCAAGUUACAAAUUGGUGGUAAAUAUACACAUUGGAACCAUGCAAUCUUAGAACAUUGGCACCCAAGAAUAUGACUAACACAAAUGAGACAUGACCCUCCAGAUGACAUUGGCUCCAGCUUUUAUCCUGAGUUGGGAAGUUACAGCCCUGGCAACCCUCCUGUCAUAAAAACUCACAUGAGACAACUGUGCUCAGCUUCCACCAGUGUCCUCACCCCAACCUUAACUGCUGAUUCAAGUGAUGAUUAUGAAGAAGCUGUGGAUAACUCAGUACCAAGUAUUUUGAAUAAGACUCAUAAGUAUAAUCUAAAGAUCAUUUUUCAAAAACCAUAUAUCAGUCAAGAGGAGCAAAACAUAUACAAAUGUCAAACACAGGACAAGAUAAGAACUGGAAACUCUCUUCCUAUGUUUAUUUAUUUAUUUAUUUAUUUUAUGGGGAAAAAUAUUCCUGUGUUUUAUGUCUAUGAUUCCUAUAUCACAAAGCCUGAAAACCGGGCCAAUCUGUUAACUACCUCAGCUCACAAUGUUCACAGUUUCCCUUAUGAUGUAUUAUUUACUGAACUUCUAGUAGAAGAAAAACAUAAAUAUGAUAUUCUUCAAAGUGGUUUUAAUGAUGUUUACAAGCUCCCUUGCCUAAUUUUAGGGAGACCUGCCCCCAAAGAAAGAAAGGGACACGGCUAUUGUCCCUCUCCUUCAGAAGUCCUUGAAAUCAACCCAUCCACUGAACAGCCUGACAUUUCCAGCAUAGACUGGCCAGGCAGAGAGUCCUCAGGGAGCAAAUUGUUGGGGGACAGGGAGCUGGGGUCAGGGGACCACCCAGCCACCAGUCUUGGUAUUUUCACCGGAGCGGCCCACCUCUUCUCACUGAGGCGUGAAGGCUGUUACUACACCUGCUGCACCUGUGUACCAACCGCUGCCCUUCUUCAACUAAGAAUCCCAAGCUCCCUGCUCCAUAGCCAGCUCCGUGCCUUCAAACGACAGCACGUCCUGUGUCCUGUGUGCCCUGUGUCCUGUGUGCCCUGUGUCCUGUGCGGGAGCAAGUGCCUGCAGGCACUCGGGGCCGCCUGGCCAAGAUUUCCAGGUCGGCUUCUCAGGCCGGCUGAGUGGUUCCGCUCCCCGCUCAGGGGCUCGCAGGCCCUACCCCUUGACGCAUUCCUGAGGACUGCAGGGGCCCGCAGGCCUGCCGCUGCCCAGACCCCACCGCCCUUGCAGCCCGGGCUGCCUCUGGAAAAGCAGAGCGGGGUCUUGGGCCUGGACAGCGGUGACCUGAGGGCAGCUGCGCAGUACAGGGUGUGGGCUGUGGGAAGGUGCUGGGGACCCAGGCCAGCCCUGGGGAGGGAUGUGGCCUCUGCUGCUGCUCGGAGAGGACCCCUCAGGGCAAGCUGGUGCAGAUGCAGCCAGCCACAGCUCACCGGGGGACUGUCAGGGAGGAGCAGCUGGCCUUCCCCGCAGCCCUGCUGCCCAGGCUCGCUGUGUCUAGGCCCAGGGCAGAGCAGGGCCAGAACAAGUGGCCAGCAGCACCCCUCCCUCUGGGGUGGCUCCAGCAUCCCAUCCCUGCCCCUCACCAGGCCUUAUGGGUACAGCACAGGGCUGAAGAGCUGCCUGGCCCAGAGCCAAGUCCUAGCCUGUUCGGUCCUGACCAGGGAAUGCAAUCCAGCCCUGGGACCACUGAGCCUGUCACAGACCCACUUUGGGAAAGCCAAGGAGUGUAACAAGAGCGCCCAGAGACUGGUGUGGGGGCGACAGCCAAAAGGUGCACAGACGGACGAGGGCAGAAGGCGGUCGGUGUUGGGGGCGCAGGUGAGCAAUAAGCCGGAGAACCGGCGAGGAGAACUUCCAUCGUCACGGAAAUUUCCCUUAGAUGGCACUGCUGUUGAGUGGCACACGAGUAUUCCUCCACGUGAUCGAGCGGGUGACUGGCUCCGGUUUUCAAGCCUGAGGCCCAGAGCACACCGUGCUGGGAGAGCCCAGGAAGGCCCCAAGCUCCUGGAAAAUCAAGCGCUGGGCUUCCGGGCUGAGUCCCGUCAGGAAGUCUGCCGGGCGCUGGCUGCCUGCCAAGAGGCCUCCAGUCACCUCACUCUCCCUGAACCACCGCUCUCACCCCAGCUUCCUUGCCUUCCAGUGGGUGCUCAGAGCCCCCAGGAGACUCAAAGUCCUUUCUGA